AUGCGAGCGACAGUUUCUGUAACGAGAGGAGUUUUAGACGGACGCACAGAGGAGAAGACAGUUCGAGGUAAAUGCCCCGUGUGGCCUGGAAUUAAAGACAUUCCUGUUCAGUCUGGAUCUUCUGCUAAAGAUUCCAGAUUCUCCCUGUAUGAUGACACAACAGCCAAAGUCUUCACCGUCACCAUCACUGAUCUGACUCCAGAGGAUGAAGGAACUUACUGGUGUGCAAUAGAGAAGUCAUGGAGUGAUAUUUACACUGAGAUUAAAUUGCUUGUUGAAAUGGACGUUCCUGUUAGCAUUACUGUCUCUCAGCCUGUACACACCAUUUCAACCCUUAUCAAGACUUCAUCUGUGCAUGUUGGAAGAACAAGCCCAGCAACAGCUACUCAAUUAAAUGAAGUUAACAACCAGACCAUCACUCACUCAUCCCAUGAUAUUCCAGGUAACCCUGGCUACAUCGUGAUGGGUGGAGGUGCAGUGUUGUUCAUUGUUGCUGUGAUUAUAGGAAUCUACUGCAAAAGAAAACAUCAAGUCUGGAUGAAACUGGAGAUGGUCCUCAUCUUCACCUUCUGCGUGAUUCUAGCUGGUACUGAUGCUGUAACUACAGUAACUGGAUACAGAGGACGAUCAGUUCAGAUUAAAUGUCCCUACACAUCUGGACAUGAACAGAACAACAAGUAUCUCUGCAGAGGUAACUGUCCCACCUGGGACCUUACAGACGUUCCUGUUCAGUCUGGAUCUCCUGUUAAAGACUCCAGAUUCUCUCUGUAUGACGACACAACAGCCAAAGUCUUCACCGUCACCAUCACUGAUCUGAGACCAGAGGAUGCAGGAACUUACUGGUGUACGAUAGAUCAGAAAGGGCGUGAUAAAUACACAGAGAUUCUACUGCUGGUUAAAAAUGAAGUUCCUGCCACGACUACUGUCUCAUACACCACACACUCCACUUUAACACACUCCAUGAGUACAUCAGUGCAUGCUGAGAGAACACACUCAACAACAGGAAGUGAACACAGAUCAAACCAUCACAGGUGA